AUGGAAGUAUCAACAGAAAUUUUGUAUAAUAAUAAUAACAAUAAUAUUAUCAACCCAAAUUUAAUAAAUAAUGAUAAUGAUAAUAAUAAUAAAAAUAAAGAUGAAAAUUGGGUGAAAAUUGAUCAAUCUGAAGCACCAAAUAAAUUUAUUCAAUAUGUUGAUGAAGCAUCUAAACAGGAUCAAAUUAUAGCUCAUACAAGAUAUUCAACUAGACAAUUAUAUUUACAACCAGGUCAAAAAGUAAUGGAUUGCGGUUGUGGAGCUGGAAAAGAUUUAGGAAGAUUAGAAUCAAUGGUCGAAGGUAAUGGUAUCGUUGUUGGUAUGGAUAUUUCGAGAGAAAUGGUUGAAUGUGCUAAAAGUAGAAUGUCACAUUUACCAAAUGUUAAAAUCUUUAUUGGUGAUGCUUCUCGUAUUCCAAUAGAUGAUAAUUAUUUCGAUGCGUAUGUAAUUAGAUGUGAAAGAUUAUUACAACAUGUAAUUAAUCCAGAUUUAGUAAUUAGUGAAAUGACAAGAGUAAUAAAAAGUGGUGGUAGAAUCGUUAUAACCGAUGCAGACUGGUCAUCAACAUCUGUAUCAAUUCCAAAGAAUAUUGAAGAGAUUAAUAAAAAGAUAUUAAACGAUGUUGUAUUUAAUGCUCAUCCAACUAUUGGCUUACAUCUUAGAGGAAGAAUGGCAAAGAAUCCACAAUUGGAAAAUUUGGAAAUAUUCGCACAAUGUUUAUAUACCGAUAGUUUAGCAAUGGCCGAUGAAUUCGUUUGGUUAGGUGAAAGAGGUAAAAUGGCAUGUGCUCAAAAAUUAAUCACCGAAGAUGAAUUUAAUUUCUGGAGAGAAACCUUGGAAAGAAUGGACGAAGAAGGUAGUUUUGUUUUCACUAUGAAUAUUUUUACUGUUAGUGCUUCUAAAAAGUAA